CCGGGAGCGGCGCUGCCGAAGGGAUGGAGGCGGCCCGGGGAGAAAGCGCUGAGCCCGCGGGAACCGACAGCGACACCGACAGCGACGGCGGCUCCGGCGGCUCCUCGCUGGCCGCCAGCUCCGAUGAUCUUGAGCCUGAGUGGUUGGAUAGUGUUCAGAAAAAUGGAGAAUUGUUUUAUUUAGAGUUAAGUGAAAGUGAAGAAGAAGUUCUGCUUCAGAACAGCUGUCCAGAAAUGCCAGCAGUGAAUCAUGUCAGGUUUCGUGAAAACGAAGCUGAAAUCAUUCAAGAGGGAUCACGAAAGGAAAGGAAGUAUGAACUGAAGAAAUGGACCAAAAUGCUAAAAAAGAAGAGUCUUUUACCAAAGAGUUGUGGUAAGAAAGGCAGUGGAAGCUGCAAUGAGCACCCCUCUGGUCCUACUUCCAUACUGAAGCACCGCUCUGCUCAGAAAAUGGGUGUCACUGUUCAGCACAAGUACAAAGAUGUGUCUGUGUAUGUAAAUCCCAGAAAACUCUCCAGUGCUGGGGAAGAAGAGCAGCAGAGGCUGCUGGAAGCCUUAGUAGGGAUUGUCCAUCAGUCCUCAUGGAGCAGCAGAAGAGUGGAAAAACAAGGCAGGAAGGAUAAAGCCACCAGAGGAGUCAGUGAAGAGAAGCUUGUGGUACAUGGCUUGGUGCCAGGUAGUUCUGCAAUGAAAACUGGUCAAAUCCUGAUUGGAGAUGUUCUUGUUGCUGUAAAUGAUGUCGAUGUGAAUUCUGAAAACAUAGAGAGGGUUUUGUCUUGCAUUCCAGGUCCUAUGCAGGUUAAACUGACAUUUGAGACCUCGGUGUUUGAGGCUGAAGGGACUUGUGAGCAAAGGAACAAACACACACAGUCAAGCAUGAACAACCUGGCUCGGCUGCUGUGGGGAGAGGACACUGUGGAGCCUCAGCAGCAUGUGCCUCACAUUGUCAUGUUCCUCACACUGAAACUGGACUCUGGGAGAGCCAAGGAUGAGCAAGAAAUUAUUUAUCAGUACCCCAUAUCAGAAGCAUCCCAAAAACUGAAAAGUGUGAGAGGGAUAUUUCUCACACUGUCUGACAUACUGGAAAGUGUUACUGGUACCGAGAUUAUCAGCUCCUCCCUGUUCUUGUGUGAAAAACUUGUUCAAGUUGUUUACUGGAAAGAAUCUGACAAGUUGCUGGUAAUUGGCCUUCCUGAAGAAAAUGUGCCACUUUAUCAGCUGAGGAACAUGAUUCAGAAUGUUGUCAGGACCUUGACAUUCAUGUACAGUUCUUUGGACAGUGCUUUUUGCCAGGUGGAAAACGUUUCUCGCCUGGAUCACUUUUUCAGCCUGUUCUUCCAGCGUGCCCUCCGUCCUGCGGGGUUGCAGGCUGGCAGCAGUGCCCAGCUGCAGGAUCCCUGCAGUGCCCUGCUCCCGGGCGUUCUCCCCGCGCUGCGCUGGCUGACGCUGCCCCAGCAAGUCAAGAUGGAAAUUGACACAGCACUGAGUGAUCUGGAAGCAGCUGAUUUUGCAGAGCUGUCUGAAGAUUAUUAUGGCAUGAGAAGAUUAUAUGUGAUCCUGGGCUCUUGUCUCUUUUACAAGCCUUAUUUCUCUUUGGUAAAUGGAGACAGUGUAAUCAACAGUACAAAGAGGAAGGGUUACUUGAUUGGCAAUCACUUGCCAAAGGAAGACCUUGUUGACGUGGGUUUCUAUUGCCAGCACCACUGUCUGUUAUCCCUGGCAGCAGAGCAGAGGAUUGGGCAGUUGGUGAUUUGGCGGGAAGUGUUCCCACAGCAUCACCUGCAGCCGGAUGAGGAGUCACAUUUCACAGGAUACAGGGAGCCUGAAGCAAGAUACUUCUUACUGAUAGUGGGCUUGAGACACUUUGUCCUGUGUGUCCUGCUGGAGGCAGGGGGCUGUGCAUCCAGAGCUGUUGGGAACCCAGGACCAGACUGUAUCUAUGUAGACCAGGUCAAAGCAACCAUUCUCCAGCUGGAAGGAAUCGACGCCAGCAUCGAGGAAAGGCUGGAUGCUCCCUCCAUGCCACCUUUAGCCUGUGCUGACUGGUUCCUUCCUGCAGCACGGGACAGGCUGGAGAGCUUGAGCACCUCCCCAGUGCUGAGCAAGCUGCAGAGCUCCUGCAAAGCUGGGAGCACUGCAGGGAGCAGGAGGAGCCUCUUUGGGGACGCCGGGCACACCCCACGGGGCAGCGGCGCGGCCGAGCAGGGCAGCGAGGCGCCCGCGGAGGAGGAGAGCACAAAUCCACAGCCUCUGAUGGAGCAGGCCACUAGGAAAAAACACACCCUGCCAAACCCAUUUCAUUCAGGAAACCUGAAAAAGAACUCUUCAGAGAAAGAUACAGAACUUCCUAAUGCUAUGAGGUUGACAUCUGGUCCUGAGAACACCCUGUUCCACUAUCUGUUUUUGGAGACAAUGCAAGGAAUCUUUAUUACUCCAACUCACAAAGAAGUAGCCCAGCUUGGUGGCUCCAUCCACCCUCAGUUAAUUGAGAAUUUCUACCAGUGCUGCCUUUCAAUCCGUUCCAUUUUCCAGCAGUCCAUGAAGAAAGAGAAAAAGAAGGCAGGCAGUGGGAUUUCAGAUUUCAGUAAGGCAGCUGAGGACCCAGGGCUGGUAAGAGAACACGGACUGCUGUUUGAGUGCUCUCCUGAAAACUGGACUGACCAGAAGAGACCACCACCAACAAUGAACUACUGGGUUGUGGGGAGACUCAUUCUCCAUCCCAAACCUCAGGAGUGUUACGUGUGUUUCCAUGACUCGGUGACAGAAGCUGCUGUGGAGCUGGCCUUCAAGCUGUCCUUUGGCUUAGCUGCAUAGCUGAGCUUCCUGCACACUCAGGCAUCCUGCAGGGUGGUGUUCAUUCUUUAAAAUACCCCAUGUCAAGGGAAAUGAACUCAGUUUGGGUGCCACCCAUGGGGCAUCUUUGAAAUGCUUUAAAAAAAUCAAAUACUUUGUGGAAUGAAGCAGUUAAAACUUCAGUGGUGCUUCUGAUGAGCUCAUCAAUGGAAUGCUUAUUUUCAGAGAACCAAAGUUCUUAUUUUUAUAUACAGUCACUUUUUUUUUUUUAUCCUGGUCCUAACUUUAUUAUAUGGAAACAACACAUCAUUUGUAUGUUCACUGCUGUUCAGUGUACAAUAUGCCACAUAAAAUGGUAAGCUGAUCCUCAAAGUACUCUGUGAACAUGGAAAUUGGUGGUGGAGGAAAAAAAAAAAACUUUUCCAGUAACAUUAAAUUUUGCACCUCUGAGAGCCUGGAAAACACUGAAUGUUUUCAGUAGCAUUGUGUUAAUCAAAACAGAGAGAAAUCUUUAAGACAAUUCCUGGCACUUAGUCUCACAAAACUGAUGGUUUACCAUUUUUGCUGUCCUGGACACUCAAGGACUAUAGUGUGGUUGGUGUUUUACUUGACUCCAUGAGUUUUAACUGUAAAUAUUACUUAAAUUUGUUAAAAUGCAAUUUUGAAGACCCUAAAAAAGAAGGGGAGUGGGCUGGGUGGUUUUAAGAUGUGCAUGGACUUGGCUGAUUUUAUAUUCAUAAUUUCAUAAUAAAAAUGUAUAUUUGUUAAAGAACAGUA